AUGGGCCGAGGCUCCGGCAGCUCGGAGCUGGGGAUGGCCGUGCUGCCCGGCCGCUGUCCCGACUGCCCGGGAGCGGAGCGGGGUCCCGGGGGCGCCCCCGCCGUGCCCCAGCUCGGCAUCGCGGUGGACGAGAGGGACGUGCUGCCCGGGGCGAUGCGGCUCAUGCGGGAGCUCAGACCCGACUGGGAGCCGGCGAGGGUCAAGACCAAGCUCUUUACUGAUGGCAUCACCAACAAGCUGGUGGCCUGCUACACGGACGAGGCCAUGGCAGACGCGGUGCUGGUGCGUGUGUACGGCAGGAGGACGGAGCUGCUCGUGGACAGGGAGACAGAGCUGAGGAACUUCCAGGUGCUGCAUGCCCAUGGCUGUGCCCCUGACCUCUACUGUGCCUUCCAGAACGGGCUCUGCUACCAGUUCCUGCCAGGCAUCGCCCUGGGGCCCGACCACGUGCGAGACCCCCACAUCUUCAGGCUGGUGGCCCAGGAGAUGGCCAGGGUACAUGCCAUCCACGCCAAUGGGAGCCUCCCCAAGCCCAUCCUCUGGCAGAAGCUGCACAAAUACCUCACCCUAGUGAAGAUGGAUCUCAGCCCAAAGGUAUCCAACCCCAGCCUGCAGCAGGAUGUGCCCAGCCUGGAGAUGCUUGAGCAGGAGCUUGCCUGGAUGAAGGAAACACUGUCCCAGCUGGGAUCCCCCAUUGUGCUGUGCCACAACGACUUGCUCUGCAAGAACAUCAUCUAUGACAGGACACGAGAGCACGUUCGCUUCAUAGACUACGAGUACACUGGCUACAACUACCAGGCUUUUGACAUUGGAAACCACUUCAAUGAGUUUGCAGGUGUGAAGGAGGUGGAUUAUCACCUCUACCCCAGCAAGGAGACUCAGCUGCAGUGGCUGCACUCCUACCUGCACACCUACAAACAGCUCACCCAGGGGGACCCAGGAGGGACAGAGGUGUCUGAGGAGGAGCUGGAAACUCUCUACAUCCAAGUGAACAAGUUUUCUUUGGCAUCCCAUUUCCUCUGGGCAUGCUGGGGCCUGAUCCAGGAUAAAUACUCUACCAUAGACUUUAACUUCUUAAGAUAUGCAAAGCUAAGGUUUAAACAGUACUUCAAGAUGAAACCAGUGGUCACAGCCCUGCAGAGCCUGAAAUAG